AAUUAUUAGACUUGUACAGGAGGAAGUCAUGGUAACCAAAGAUGAAAUAUGAGACACAGGACACUGGAAAAAUGUUAUCAAUUUUCUAGGUUAUUACUUGAACUUAAUAUAUUGUGGCUCAAUUUCUUUUCAGAGGGUUUUGGUGGAGCUAAUUUGCAGCUUCUUUGUUGCAUCCUGGACUGGAGUUGUUAAAUAUCAUGGUCCACGACCUAGUUUGCGGCCUAAGCAGGUUUUUGUUGCCAAUCAUACUUCCAUGAUUGACUUCAUCAUCUUAGAACAGAUGACAGCAUUUGCUGUCAUCAUGCAGAAGCAUCCUGGGUGGGUUGGUGAGUAUUAGUUUUGGCAUGCAUCUUGAUUGAUGUUGUAGAACAUUCUGAUGGAAAGUGCCUGGUUUCUGACACUGCAUGCUUCUUCUAAAACAUAUCCAAGUACUCCUUCCUCAAUUAUAUUUAAUUAUGAAAUAUGAAGUUUGGUUUUGUGGCAGAUUUAGAGAUUCCAAUGAGACAGUCCAACAACUUUAAUGAUGGACUUCUGGCAUUUGGACCAUAAUCUUUUCUUGUCCUAGCUUAUCAUAAAGAAUGAAUGUAUCUACGUCAUGAGGGUGUUUGUGAUUGUGCAUAUUGUGUAAUAAUGAAUGAUGGUUCAAUUUCUUUCUAUUUUUAGGACUGUUACAGAGCACUAUCAUGGAGAGUGUAGGGUGUAUUUGGUUUAACCGUACAGAAUCAAGAGACCGUGAAAUUGUAGCAAGGAAGAUAAGGGAACAUAUUCAGGGGGCUGACAAUAACCCUCUUCUCAUUUUUCCUGAAGGGACCUGUGUGAAUAAUCAGUACAGUGUCAUGUUUAAGAAGGGUGCAUUUGAACUUGGCUGCACUGUCUGCCCAAUUGCAAUCAAAUACAAUAAAAUUUUUGUUGAUGCCUUUUGGAAUAGCAGAAAGCAGUCCUUCACAAUGCAUCUGCUGCAGCUAAUGACAUCCUGGGCUGUUGUUUGUGAUGUGUGGUAUUUAGAGCCUCAAAAUCUCAAGCCUGGAGAAACACCCAUUGAGUUUGCAGAGAGGGUCAGGGAUAUAAUAUCUGUCCGAGCAGGCCUCAAGAGGGUUCCUUGGGAUGGAUAUCUGAAGUACUCUCGCCCUAGCCCUAAACAUAGAGAGCAGAAGCAACAGAGCUUUGCUGAGUCAAUGCUUAGGCAGCUGGAAGAAAAGUGAUAUGUACAUAUUUUUUGUUCCCUCUUUACUUGUAUUCCUCAUGAUAUUAAGGCCUGGUUGUGCAUUUUCUUUAUGUUAAAUUCUGACUCUUUGAUCUUGAAAUCAAUUAGGGGUUGGAUAGAACAUAGAAGGUUAGAAGCAAUAAUCUGUCGUCUGACAGAAACUGCAUGAUAUAGUUCUUAACCCUAGGUUCUAGAUGAAAAAAAAAAAAGAAGAGGAAAACAAUUUUAGGUUUCGGAUUAAUAAGAUAGAAAAACAGAAGCUGCUAGCAAGAUUUGUCUUGAUGAGCGUGCUUUAAUUUUGAUAAAAUGUCUGGACAUCU